AUGAAUUCUGCUAACGAUGCCAUCUUUUAUGGCGACAAGAACUCAGUGCACUACAACGAUCUAAACGAAAGUGCUCCGGACAGGUUCCUGAAGAAUGGAGGGAUGCAAAACGAUUAUAUAAUGAGCAAUGAUGUGACAAGUGAAGGAGUUGAUGUCUCAGUGGAUCCCAUCGACAAUGGCGCUGGCAAUGCCGCAUACCUAAAUACACCUCUCCAUCAGCACUUGCCACCACACCGAGGAGAGCAAAAAAGGAAACAGCAGGGAAAAAUGGAAAGAGACAAAUAUGACCGAAUUGAAGAAAUUGAAAAAUACCUGAACAUUAACAACGCCACAAAUGUUUGUUCACUGAGAAUUAAAUUGUGGGAAGCACUAAUGCUGUAUGUGAACAAUGUAAACGCAGAGCUGAUUUACUUCAUAAUAAAUUGCCUGAUGGAAGUAGAAGUCUAUUGGGGGGAAGAAGCAACGAACAAUUUACAAGACAUUGUGAGCCUAAUAAAUGAUAAGAAAUAUAAAGAAGUGUCAAAUAAAAUUGGAGAAAUUUUAUCCAGUUUGUCUGUAACCACAGGAAAAGUGACUGAAGAAAAUCCUUUUUUUUACACAUUGAUUGUUUCCUCUAGGAGAGAUGAGAACAGCAACAAUUACAAUUCCGACUUGGCAUGCGAACUGAACAAAAUUCUACAGUAUGAACAGAACAGAUUGUCCAACCAAAAUAAUAAUAAAAAUUUGGAGUACAAAAUUAUCGAAGUGAGCAACGCAAAAGAGGCUCUCCUGGCUUGCUUGAUAAACUCACAGAUUUUGUCUGUUGUGCUGGUGGACAAUUUAGCCAUUGAUGAAGAUUACAAAAGGGACAGAUUUGAAUUUUACAACUUCAAUGAAGAGAACUCCGUGAACAACAAAUGCGGCGGGGCCGUGUCUCCAUAUGUGCUGAAGUGUGGAAUGGUAAAUGGCGGCGCCCAGAUGAAGCCCCCUCAGUUUACGCACAGCGUGCAUAACGGAUCGUCUUCGAACAACAGGGACGCCAUGCGUAAUAUGAUUCUGUCCAAUUGUCAUGGGUGCAACGGUAACAAUGGGAGCGUUUGCAAUAAUUAUUGCGGCGGGAACAGCCAUUACGGGAACGGGCACUGCGCAAGCUCCCCAAGCGCUAACAACCAUAACAACCCUAACAGCAGCGGAAGCACUGUACUGAAUGAGCACAAGAAGGGAACGAACUUGCUUAUGAAAGACUACAAAUUCGAUAUAGGAAACUUCGUCCUGGGUUAUGAACAACUUGUGGCUGCGCCCUUGGAGCAGAUGAAGAAGGGAUAUAACAGCUUAGUGAUCCUGAUUAAGAGCAUUGCUUAUAUUAGAAGUUCCGUGGACAUUUUUUGCGUGUGCACUUCCAUUACGCUGGAUAAGCUACAAUCUGUGAAUAACAAGAUAAUUAGAAUUUUCACCACACACGAUGACCACAGCGAUUUGCACGAAUCCAUCCUGGAUGGAGUAAAGAAGAAGAUAAAGACUCCAUUUUUUAACGCCUUGAAAGCAUAUGCCGAGAGACCUAUUGGUGUUUUUCAUGCUCUAGCCAUUAGCAAAGGGAAUAGUGUGAGAAGAAGUAGAUGGAUACAAUCGCUCCUUGACUUUUAUGGUGUAAAUUUAUUUAAAGCAGAAUCAAGUGCGACCUGUGGAGGGUUAGACUCUCUGCUAGAUCCACAUGGGUCAUUAAAGGAAGCACAGAUAAUGGCUGCACGGGCGUAUGGGAGCAAGUACUGUUUUUUCGUUACAAAUGGAACAUCCAGCUCGAAUAAGAUAGUGAUGCAGGCAUUGGUGAGGCCAGGAGAUAUUAUCCUAGUGGAUAGAGCUUGUCAUAAAUCACAUCAUUAUGGAUUUGUUCUAAGUCAAGCGUUACCAUGUUACUUAGAUCCUUACCCGGUGUCGAGAUACGGAAUAUAUGGUGCAGUACCGAUAUAUGUAAUUAAGAAGACGCUUUUAGAAUAUAGAAAUAGUAACAAACUGCACUUGGUUAAAUUGAUCAUUUUGACCAACUGUACUUUUGAUGGAAUUGUGUACAAUGUAAAAAGGGUCAUAGAAGAAUGCCUAGCCAUUAAGCCCGAUUUAAUUUUCCUGUUUGACGAAGCUUGGUUUGCUUACGCAUGUUUUCAUCCCAUACUGAAAUUUAGAACGGCCAUGACUGUUGCGGAUAAAAUGAGGAACCCAGAGCAGAAGAGGAUUUACCACAAGGUGCAUAAGAAGCUGUUGAGGAAGUUUGGAAAUGUAAAGAGCUUAAACGAGGUAUCAGCGGAAAUGCUUCUAAAAACGAGGUUGUACCCUAAUCCGGAUGAAUACAAAGUGAGGGUAUAUGCAACACAGUCCAUUCAUAAAUCGUUGACGUCUCUCAGACAAGGUAGUGUCAUUUUGAUUAGCGACGACAAUUUCGAAUCACAUGCUUACACCCCAUUUAAGGAAGCAUACUACACCCAUAUGUCGACCUCGCCGAAUUAUCAAAUACUGGCCACGUUAGAUGCAGGAAGGGCUCAAAUGGAACUGGAAGGAUAUGGCUUAGUGGAGAAGCAAGUGGAAGCAGCUCUGCUUAUUAGAAAGGAACUAAGUGAGGACCCUAUGAUUUCACGAUAUUUCCGAACCCUAAAUGCUGAAGACUUAAUACCUGAUAGUUUGAGACAGUGUCAUAAUUUGUACAUGCAGCGGAAGAACAAGUGUACCAAGGAGGGCUAUUCUACUGACUCGAAAGGGAGUGCUAAUGGGACGUAUUCUUGUGUGUCGAACAAUCAGGGCAAGGGAAGCACUACUACAAAGGAGCAGCGUUCCAGAGCAGUGCGCAGGGCCAGGAGAGGUGGAAGCGUUACAAAAUAUGAGCAGCCACUACAGAGUAGCAACAUGUCUUCUCACGAAUGCGUAAAUGAUACAAAUGCGUGCACAAAUCAUGUACUGCGCAAUUCGCUCAUGUUGGGGGAUUCCACGAAUAACAAUAGCGCAGCGGAGGGGGGCCUAAACGACUUUGGAAAUAAUGACCCUCGUGGUGGUGCAAAAAUGAGCAGGCGAAAAAUGCGAAGAGAUGAUCGAAAUGGAAAAGAGGGCGGAACUUCUGGAACGAUGGACGACAGUAAUAAUGGGAGCAUCAUCCUGAAUAGCGAAAAUGAAAAUCUGAGUUUUGUACAAGAUAAGCAUGGUAGAAAUUAUAACAGUUCCUCCUACUCAACGGGCGUGAAGAAUUUCCUGGAAUAUUUUGAGUGUUCCUGGUUGAGCGAAGAUGAAUUUGUGUUGGACCCGACAAGAAUUACUCUCUUCACUGGUUACUCAGGAAUUGAUGGAGAUACCUUUAAGGUGAAGUGGCUCAUGGAUAAGUACGGAAUUCAAAUAAAUAAAACUUCCAUCAACAGUGUGCUGUUUCAAACGAAUAUUGGAACGACGGGUUCUUCUUGCCUCUUCUUGAGGAGUUGUUUGUCACUCAUAUCGCAGGAGCUGGACCAAAAGAAGAGUCUGUUUAAUGAAAGAGAUUUAAACCAGUUUAACGACAGUGUAUACAAUUUAGUUUCGAAUUAUAUUGACCUGUCUGAGUUUAGUGAGUUCCACCCCUUGUUCAAGAAAAGAUAUUCUAACACUAGUAUAUUUAAUAGGGAAGGAGAUUUGAGGAAGGCUUUUUACUUAGCUUAUGAGGAAGAUUAUGUAGAAUAUAUUUUAAUGGCUGACCUGAAAGAACGAGUAAGACAAAAUGAGUUGAUCGUUUCGGCUAGUUUCAUCAUUCCAUAUCCUCCAGGAUUCCCCGUGUUGGUACCAGGACAGUUGAUAAGUCAGGAAAUCGUGGAGUACCUCUCAGGACUUAGUGUUAAAGAAAUACAUGGUUAUGAUGAAAGCAUAGGGUUCAGAUGCUUCUACAAUUUUAUCCUAGAAUAUUUUUACAACCUGGUUACUUCCGACCCUUAUGCCUAUUACCAAAAAAUGGAUAAAGGGACCUACGAAAGAUUGAAGUCUGCUAAUUUGAGCAAACGAAGGAACAUGGACAAUUCGUACAACCUGUAUAUAUAUGACCAUGAAACGAGCAGGGCGAGGAAGAUGAAUGUGGGCAAUGGGAGCUCCUCGAUUUAUAAUAAUACUUCCAUUAGUGAUACUUACGAGGAUGUUAUGCAGGUGCACAACAUCAGGAGCGACCACGGAAGGGGUAACCAUCAUCACCACGUUCGUGAGUAUGACAGUGGGAAUAACAAUUCUACUUCCACCGUUCCAACCUUGCCUCACGCAGCGGCAGACGGCUCGGUGAAAGGGCCAAAUGGAAGGGCUAAAGGUGGAAGCGCAAGGGGUGGAAAUGAGCGCGGUGUGGUGCGAACGACGGAUGGUACGUUGCACAGCGCAGGUGUUAGCAGCUACACUAGAAGGAGAAGCAGAGAGGAGGGGUUCCAGGGCGUAUGCGAAAUGAACAAUGAACAGGCUAUUUCGAACGCAACGGUUGUCAGUUUGUCUGAGAGCAACUGCGGCAAAUCGCGCGCAAAAGAAUCAUCACACGCGAAGGAAUCGUUCAACGAGAGGGAACCGACCCGAGGUGACCAGAGACAGACGAACAUUUACUACGACCUCUCAAACGAUAUGAUGAAGUACGAACAGAAUAGCUGCCUUGUUAGUAAGGUAAAAGAAAAUGUGCUAAUUGUUCAGCGCAGGAAAGCCUAUGUCAGUUGCGACGUUGGGAGGGGAUCGGCCAACUACAGCUAUCGGGAUGACCCUUCCCCAUCAGUGCACAAACACAAGAAGGGGAAGAAGUGCAAGGGGUGUAAAUCGUGUGCUGCAGGGAGGAGCAGCCAGCAGGCGGAGCUUGUGAAGCGAAGGGGCAAAGCGGAUUGCAUCUCCCACAAGAGAGAAGACACAAAUGGAUUCGCGAGUGAAGGAAGGCACGAGGACGAUGUGCAUGAGGGGGGAAGGCAACUCCCAAGUAGAGCUUCUAAUGGUAGAGUUACGAAGAAGGGCAAAAAAAAGGAUGGUUUGAUAAGGGCAUCUGGACUGGAUGUAGCCGGUCGGGAAAAUGAGGCAAAUAAUGCGGACAAGAAUGAGGAUGGAAAUGCGGUUGAUAGGACCAACAGCGAUGGCGACACUACUAUGCCGGAUGAGGAUGGUGAGAGCACCUCGGGUGCGAAGGAAAGAAGGCACGGCGGCAAAGCGCAAAACGUAGAAGGAACACAUAGUGGCAGUUACAACGCGAAGAACAAAGGAAGCAAUAAAAGGGGCAAGGCGCGAAAACAAAAAGGUAACCGUAAUCGAAACCGCAAUCGGGAUUGUACCAUCCACUCUGAUGACAGCAGCAACGUACAGAGUGACGUCACGGUGAACACUUUGAACCAGCCCAAUUCCAUAUCAGACAUGCACUGCGUGAGGAAGGAGACAAAAAAUGAUAGACGUGAAGAAGAGAGGUAUAAGGAGGAUGGACGUGGUGGCCUCAUUCCAAAAAUCAGGCAGUUGAACCCUUUCAUGUGCAACCAAUUAGGGAAAAGUGGGUUGAGCUUGCAGAGGCAGAGGAAGCCUGCAGAGGGUGUAAAUCACUGGAGCAGCCCCAUGAGUGGUGUAGACGGUAAGGACUAUUCGUCCUGUUCCGGUUUGAGGAAAAAGGGGAAUGAAGUGGAAGGCCCGGGGGGUAACAACAAAAGGGAGGACAAUAACGGUGUAGUUUCAAGCGAAAGUGCCAGUCCUUCUAGCGGGCAAAGCAGCGGUAUGGCCUUCUCGGAGAAUUACCAAUCCAGUGAGAGCCUAAAUAGAAGGGGAACCCACAGCCAGGCCAGCGGAAAGAGUUCCAGUGGGCACAGCGGAAGUGAAAAGGCCAACCAUAAUACUACUCGUUGUGGGGUGAAAAAUGCAAAAAAGAAUGACGAAGAGGUACAUAACGUGAAGGAACUGAACAGUACAAACGAGUCGGAGAGGAAUGACUCAAAUGAAGAGGCCUCCUUAAAGAGAAAAAUUUUUAUUAGUGAGGAAGACAUAGACAAGGUAUGUGUGCACGACCAAACUGAUAGUGAUAACCGAUCCAAGAACAGAGUGACUCCGGAGAUUCCCCUGUCAAGUAGCAACGACAUGAUUAGUGGUGGUGACGACGUCAAUGGCAGUGGAAGGAGAGCAGGAGGCCGAGUUGGUGGUCGUAUGAACGUGAAUGGAAAUGAUGCUAAUAAUGGAUCCCCAAACACGCAGGGAACAGGGGAAGUAGCUUUUGGUGGAAAUGAUUUUCACGAUGAUGAAGAGGACGGCGACGAGGAGGAUGAUGAAGAGGACAGCGGCGAUGAGGAGGAGGAGGACGACGACGAGGACGAUGACGACCUGAAGAUAAAUUCUGCAGCUAGAGAAAACAACGAAUUGGAGAAAAACUGCAUGAGGAAAUUAAAUUCGCUUAACAAUAAUAGUUACAUAAAUAAUCUGAUAACACAUGUGGACGACGACACGUUUAUUCAUAAGGAGGGUAAUUUCUUCCUGGAGUGUGCCCUGACAAAUUCCGAAAUGAACGGAAGUUCCUUUGAAAUGGAAAUGUCCCUUAAUAAUAUGUAUUCAAAUAGUGGCGAGGGGGGCAGGCACCCCGGCAGUUACGAUGGAGGAAAGAAGAGUGACUUUGAGUAG